UAUAUAAAUGGGGAGGUGCUGCUAAGGCAUUAAAGCGCCAGAGUUUGGGCAGAAUCAGAGAUACUGAAGAUGAAGCUGUUGGUCGCUCUCCUUGUUGUGUCCCUGGCAGUCCUGCUUCAGGGGACCAAGCCGACUCAAGGCCUACAGUGCUAUUCCUGUGAUCCCCUCAACAGCUGUAAGAAAAAGUACGCUAUUGCCUGCAAAGGUGGACAAGAUACAUGUGUGAAGACUUCCAGACCAAUUGCUGGCUACACCGGCAUUCCUGAUGAUGAUAAUGAGUACAACCCAACCAUGGAUGUUCAUGUGUUGGAGCGGUUCUGUAUGGCUAUGGAUGAAUGUAUGGAAUACAAGCAGAAGAAAAGAUUUGCCACUGUGUCCUGCUGCUCCAAUGAUCUGUGCAAUGCUUAAGGAGGAGCAACCUUCCCUGUCUAUAUCUAGUUGGCCUGAGGACACAAGAGGCGGGGCAAGAUGGGGGAGGGCCCUGAUAGAAUGAUUUGUCCUCAGUCACAUGCUGCAAUAAAAGCACCAAUUGAAAUCAAA